AGCAGCUCCAGUCCCAUGGUCUCCUCGGGACUGAACCGUUGCCGGCUGGCCCUGGCGUUUGCGGUGUUCAUGGACGCUGCGGGCACCGGGGCCCUGUUGACCGGCAUCUUUGCUAGACUGAGGCUGCGAGGCCGAGACUUUGGGGAUCUGUUAAUCUACUCUGGUGCGGUGCUGGUGUUCUUGAGCCUGUUGGGUUGGAUUAUGUGGUACACGGGCAAUAUUGAGAUAGCCCCUGAAGAGCUGGCAAGGGAUUAUCAUGCCAAGAGAGGGACGCUGGCACGGCUGGCUAGGAAGAUCUCACGGACCUGGUCGCGGCGCCAAGGUGGUGGUCUGGCCAUGAGGACCGUUUCAAGUAGCCGAGAAGCAGCUUAGAGGAUGGAUUUAGCUGGACAAAGUUCUUCUAAAACUGGACGUCACUGAGAAAAGCAUGUGACUCUUCAGUCACUACCCUGGAACUCCUGCCCAUAUCCACGUAGUAUCUUGUGAUAUUCUUGUUGUAUAGUAUUGGGUGAAUUUUGCUGUCCCUGUUUCUAAAUAUAUACAUAUAUAUACAG